AUGACAGAUAAUCUUAUGAUUUUCUUACAUUUACAAGUUCCAAUCGAUUGUGUGGUUACAAAGUGGAGCGAUUGGAGUCCCCAUGACAACAACGGAAACUCACACAGAGAACGAUAUGUAACCCAACCGGCUUUGAAUGGAGGAGCAGAAUGUCCAGUUACGUAUCAGACUAAAUUAGUGCCAGUUAACUGUCUUGUCACGGUUUGGAGUGUUUGGAGUCCUCAUGAUAGCCAAGGGGUUUCGCGAAGAGAGCGAUUUGUAACACAGCGACCAUUAAAUGGAGGGGAAAAAUGUGAACAUCUUAUCGAAACAAGAUUAGUGAAUAUAAAUUGUCAAGUCAGUGCUUGGAAUACAUGGGGUCCAAUCAAUUCCAAAGGCAUUGCUAGACGCUUUAGAACUAUUGUCACAGCUCCCUUGAAUAAAGGUGAUCCAUGUCCGCCUUUAGAGGAAACAAAAGCAGUACCAAUUAACUGUAAAGUAACGGUUUGGAGUGAAUGGGGUCCAUUGGAUGAUAGUGGUAUUAGCAGAAGAGAAAGAACAAUUAUUGUGAAGCCUUUAAAUGGUGGAAAGAUAUGUCCUGUAUUAAAAGAUUCGAAAAACGGCAUGUAUUUUAUCAUAGGCAUGCCAGUUAACUGUCUUGUCACUGUUUGGAGUGUUUGGAGUCCACAUGAUAGCCAAGGGGUUUCGCGAAGAGAGAGAUUUGUAACACAGCGACCUUUAAAUGGAGGGAAAAAGUGUGAACAUCUUAUCGAAACGAGAUUAGUGAAUAUAAAUUGUCAAGUCAGUGCUUGGAAUACAUGGGGUCCAAUCAAUUCCAAAGGCAUUGCUAGACGCUUUAGAACUAUUGUCACAGCUCCCUUGAAUAAAGGUGAUCCAUGUCCACCUUUAGAGGAAACAAAAGCAGUACCCAUUAACUGUAAAGUAACGGUAUGGAGUGAAUGGGGUCCAUUGGAUGAUAGUGGUAUUAGCAGAAGAGAAAGAACAAUUAUUGUGAAGCCUUUAAAUGGUGGAAAGAUAUGUCCUGUAUUAAAAGAUUCGAAAAACGGCAUGUAUUUUCUCAUAGGAAUACCAGUUGAUUGUAUAGUCAGUCUGUGGAGUACAUGGAAACCACACGACAAUACAGGAUUCACAUACAGAGAGCGUUAUGUUAUUCAGGAAAAUCUGAAUGGUGGGAAAGAAUGUCCUAAGCUCAGAGAUACUAAAUAUGUACCAAUAGAUUGUGUAGUGAGUGAAUGGAGUGCCUGGACUCAACCAGAUGAAGGUGGUAAUGUUGAAUCAUUCCGUACAAUCCGCGUAAAACCAUUGAAUAAUGGAAUGAAGUGCCCAGAUUUGUGGCAAAAGAAGAAAGUGCCUUUGGAUUGUUUGGUCGGUGAAUGGACAAAAUGGAGUGAGAGAGACAAAGACGGUAAAAUUACCAGGAGACGUGAUGUUCUAAGAUAUAACCUGAAUGGCGGGAAAAAGUGUCCUACACUAGAACAAACACAGCUGAUUUCCGUGAAUUGUGAGGUUACACAGUGGACCCAAUGGACAACUCCAGAUGAAGGAGGAAACAGACUAAGAAGUAGAGUUAUAUCACAGCCUCCUCUGAAUGGUGGUAACAGUUGUCCACCUUUGACUGAUAACGAUAAAGUACCUUUGGAUUGCUUGGUUGGUGAAUGGACAAAAUGGGGUAAAAAGGACAAAUAUGGAAAAAUAACAAGGACACGUGAUGUUACAAGAUAUAACCUGAAUGGCGGGAAAAAGUGUCCAACACUAGAACAAACACAGCUGGUUUCUGUGAAUUGUGAGGUUACAGAGUGGACGCAGUGGACAGUACCUGAUGAGGGAGGGAACAGACGAAGAAGUAGAGUUAUAUUAGAUCCUCCUCUAAAUGGUGGGAAAAGAUGUCCUCCUUUGACGGAUAACGAUAAAGUACAAAUGGAUUGCUUGGUUGGUGAAUGGACAAAAUGGAGUAAACAGGACAAAGAUGGAAAAAUAACAAGGACACGUGAUGUUAAAAGACAUGCUUUGAAUGGCGGGAAAAAAUGUCCACAACUUGAACAAACACAGCUGAUUUCCGUGAAUUGUGAGGUUACACAGUGGACCCAAUGGACAACUCCAGAUGAAGGAGGAAACAGACUUAGAAGUAGACAUAUAUCACAGCCUCCUCUAAAUGGUGGUAACAGUUGUCCUACUUUGACUGAUAAGGAUAAAGUUGCAUUAUCAUGCAUUGUUAGUGACUGGACAACAUGGAAUCACCCAGAUGCCCAUGGUUUAUGUACCAGAACUAGAAAAAUUCUUAGACACUCAGUAAACAGUGGUACACCGUGUCCUUACACUACAGAAACUAAACGUGUUUCAAUUCCAUGCAUGGUUGAUGCCUGGGCUGAAUGGAGUCAUCCAGAUGACCAGGGUACAUGUACCAGAACAAGAAAAAUUCUUGUUAAACCUGUUAGUACUGGUAAACCUUGUCCUCCAACAACAGAGACUAAAUCAGUGAAAAGAGAUUGUGUACUUGGUGAAUGGGGUCAAUGGACUAAACCUUUUGGAUUUGGAACUAUUGAAAGAAUUAAACAGAUUAAAAAAGAAGCAUUUGGAGGAGGAGCACCUUGUCCAGUUGAAAGAGAAACAAAAAAUGCACCUAUCACAACGACCACAACAUCAGAAAAUUUUGGAGUGAAGUUUGUUCGCCCACUUAUACAACCACGUGACUUAGUUCUUCUAAUUGAUGGCUCUGGAAGCAUAGGUGAUGAGCCUUUUGCAAAAACGUUGGAAGAUCUCUCAGAAUUAAUUGGAAUGUUCUGUCCGCUAAGUGAUCCAUUGGACCCUAAAAAGAACCCCGGGAAUUAUAUUCAACUAUCUGCUAUCUUGUUUUCAACUGACUCAGAACUUGUUUUUAAAUUCAAUAAAUAUCAUAGCGUAAAACAGGCACAGAAUGCAAUCAAGGCAAUUCAUUAUAAUCCUGGUACUACAUGUACAGAAAAGGCAUUAAUGUUAGGAGAAACAAUGUUUACCGUUUCAAAUGGAAUGAGACAGAGCAAAUCUGUGAAAAAGGAAGUUUUAUUACUAACAGACGGUUUGUACAAUUGUGACGGCGAUAAUGUAGUACUAUCUGCAGCGCAGUCGUUAAAGAAUGUGGCGGAUGUUUAUGGAAUGAUGAUUGGUAUAUCAACAGAUGAUGGGCGAAAAAAGUUAUCUAGACUUGUAUCAGAACCGCAAAGGGAUCAUUUGUUUGCAGUUGAUGAUUUGGGACAGUUUUCUAAGUUAAUCAAGCACUUAAAAGACCUCAUACGCGAUGGAAAAUUAAAUUGCGUUCCUUUUAAAGGUCCAUUACCCAACUAAAGUUUUAGCGUAAAAAUGCAUUUACUGACUAUCAUAACAGCUUUUUAGAAAUAAAAAUAUACUGGAGUAAUAACGAGACAUAUUUUAUUAUGAUAUUAUUUGAAGAAA